CCCUUGCACCGGUCAUUUUCUAUACUAAAGUGGCAUAGAUAAUCCUCACAAGGCAUGGACUCUAAGUCCCCACCGCGUGCUCACAAUGGCGAGGGCCAGGUCUCAAGUCGGAAAGUGUGUCCGGAAGGUACUACUGUCAGACGCAUGACUCGCUUUCCUAGAGGAACUCGAAUACAGGCAUUUUAUCUCUCCACAAUAGGCGCUUCGCAGAAUAGCGCGAGAGUGGAGACUUCUGGUGCGGCUUGUGUUCCACGGCUACCUCUCAGUGUUAAUCCACCCACGGCUACCCCAUCAAGGCCAACACCUGUUCAGUAUAAGAAUCCAUGGGAGACGUACAAAUCGAUCCGACUUGUAGAACGUGGCGGUAUGGUCACAGUAGCCUGCGCGCAUUUGAACCCAGUCAAGAUGGUUACUAUAAAGAGGCUUUCUUCUAACCUUAACAAAGAGCUUGCAGUGUGCCGCCACGAACUAGCCUCCUUCACACGUGUAAUAUGA